CAACUAGCGGCAGUGUGCGGCAGUGCAGCGCCAGCGCAGACGAGUACAAUGUCACUGGAGAGAUGUCAAAGUGAAUGGACAGAAAUAGAGCAAGAAUAUCAGCAAACACAGGAAACGCACAAAGUCUACAGACAGAAGCUAGAGGAGCUGACGAACCUGCAGGCGAUAUGCAGCAGUGCCAUAAGCAAACAAAGAAAAGGCCUGAAAGACCUCAAGCAUAGUCUUCAUAAGUGUACGAAAACUUGCAAUGAAAAAGAAACGGCGGUGAUAAAUGACCUGAAGGUUCAAAUUAAAGAGAGGCAAAAUGUCUUUUUUGACAUGGAGUCCUAUUUGCCAAAGAAAAACGGACUGUACCUAAAUUUGGUCCUUGGAAAUGUCAAUGUCACACUCCUCAGCAACCAAGCCAAGUUUGCAUACAAAGAUGAAUAUGAGAAGUUCAAACUUUAUAUGACUAUAAUACUAAUGUUCGGUGCCGUCACCUGCCUCUUCCUUUUCAACUACCGGUAA